UGUGCGAAAUUAACGGUGGACCGGUAGACAAUGUCUAUAGAAAAUCUAGUCGGUCUAUACCGAUCGAAAUAUUAAUAGACCGACUUGUCUAUAGGAAUUCUGAGUAAAAAAACUGGUUUCCUGCUUGUCUCUAAUAAACAAACCACAAAAAGGAGGACCAGUUUAAAUAAAACGUCUGUAUUACACUGAUGUAUUCUGUUCACCCCUUAGUUAUAAUAGUUUGUUCCACGAUAUAUGCAGAAAUAAUUCGAAUCGGAAUAUUUUAUUUUUAACAUGAGGGGAGGUUAAGUUGUUAUUACUUAAUGGCGGACAUCAAAACAUGUCUUUCUUCGACCGCUUAAAAUAUGUUGAGGGUGCACGCCCGGGUAUUAAUAUAAAGCGGAAGGCACCGAAGACAGCGAGCAAGACAGAAAAAGAUGCCGAGUAUGACAAAGUAAAGCGUAGUAGAAGCUUUCAAGAGCAUUGGAAAAAUGGCCGACCCUGGUUAGAAUACGAAGAAACAGAAGGUAAAAUGAGUUGUUCGUAUUGUCGUGAACAUUGGGGAGAAAAACUAGACUCGUUAAAUGUACAAGCAAAGUUAUGGAUUUCUGGAACGAGCAAUUUUAAGGUGGAUUCUCUUAAGACACACGAAGGGUCAAAGUUUCACGUCGACAGUAGUAAGGCUGCCCAGACAAAAAACAGCAACCAACCCUCUCCAGCUUCCGUCGCCAUUAGACAGCUUAAUGCUACACAGCUUUACAAACUGAACAUUAGAUUCCGAAAUGUACACGCUGUUUCCAAGUUAGAUAAGUCCUUUAAGGAUUAUGUGUGGCUGUGCAAAUUAGAUAAGGCCAAGGGCCUUGAUAUUGGUAACACUUAUGAAAAUGAUAAGGCAGGACGGACGUUUGCACGGUACAUUGCAAAAGUAGAAUCGGACAAAACUGUACAAAUUUUGAACUAUGCAGACUUCUGUUCCAUUUCAAUUGACGGAGCCACAGAUUCAGGUGGAAUGGAACAAGAGUCGUUAUAUGUUCACACAUGUGUUGACGGAGUAAAACAGCAACGGUUUCUUCAAUUUUUAAAUCCAAAGUCUACGUCAUCUCAGGAUAUCUACCAGUCCAUCAUUGACUGCCUCGAAGAGUUUAAAAUAAACCCGAAAAAGGUCAUAGGAAUCACCACAGAUGGAGCAUCAAAUAUGAUGGGCAUUCGUAAUGGUGUAUGUACACUGAUGAAAACCAUAUCCCCAGAUAUUAUUCCUAUCCAUUGUCUAGCCCACAGACUGGAACUGGGUAUCAAAGACGCUGUAAAGCACACCAUGAGUAAAUCUUACGACCGAGCUAUGACAAUGCUGAUUGGACUCUAUUAUUUCUACAGCAAAAGCCCAAAGCAGAAGAAAGAACUGAAGAGUAUGUUUGAAGUCCUGGAUAUGACAUGUUCAAUUCCUACCAGAGUUGACGGUACGAGAUGGGUCCCUCAUACCGUCAAAGCCAUUAAUAUCUUCAGGAGGAGCUAUGCAGCUAUCACUUCCCAGCUUGACAACGCAUCGCAUAAGAACCCAAAGGCUGAAGGAUUGGCAAAAUUGGCCCAUGAUGCCAAUGUUGUUGCAUAUUUACUUAUGCUGAAGGAUAUCCUUGCACCGGUUACCAAGCUGUCGUUAUAUUUGCAACGAGAAGACACCACACUUGGGGAUGCACUGGUUAUGGUGGAUUCGACAUAG